CCCAAAAAAGGCAAAAAAAAACCCAAUGAUUUCCUAUCAAAACUAAGAGAGAAAGGAAGGUUAAUUGUUGUUCAUUCAGCUUGCAUGCUGUUCAUAUUUUGAGAAGUAUUUCAAAUGGCCUCACUGGCUUACUAUGAGAUCCUCGUAGCACUGCUAUGCUUUGUUUUCCUCUAUUUCAUCUGCACCUUUGAUAGGCGCCUGCUCCAGGAGUGGCCGGUGGUUGGAAUGCUUCCUAACCUUCUGUUCAACAUCCACCGGAUUCACGAUUUCGUUACCGAUCAACUAGAACGAGACCGAGGUACUUUUCUAUUUAAGGGCCCUUUUUUGACUAACAUGGAAAUGUUGGUUACAGCCGAUCCAGCCAACGUACACUACGUAACGAGUACCAACUUCCUAAAUUUUCCUAAAGGGCCGCAGUUCAGGAAGAUUUUUGACGCCCUGGGAGACGGGAUUUUCAAUACCGACGGAGAAUUGUGGCAGACUCAGAGAAAACUGGCUCAACUACAUAUGGGUCAUCGAGGUUUUCAACAGUUCUCGGUAAAGAGCACCCUGGACAAGGUGAAGAAAGGAUUGAUCCCUUAUCUGGAGCAAACCUGCCAACUGGGUCUAGUGGUGGAUUUGCAAGAUUUGUUUCAAAGGCUUACAUUUGAUACCACAUGCAUAUUGGUUAAUGGGUACGACCCCAAUUGUCUCUCCAUCGAACUCCCUGACGUUCCUUUUGCAAAAGCCAUGCAUGAUCUUGAGGAAACGAUUGUUCCUCGCCAUGCAUUGCCUGAAUGUUUUUGGAAGUUACAAAGGUGGCUUGUGAUUGGACAAGAGAAGAAAUAUAGGGAAGCUUGGGCGACUGUAGAUCAUAUCCUAGCUAGAUAUAUAAAUGAGAAGAGAGAAGAAUUAAGAUUUGGAAUCAAUUCCAAAGAAGAUGGAGAAGGGGUGGAUCUAUUGACAUCCUACUUGAAGAAUGAUGGAAUCAUGGGAGUAAAAUGUGAUGAUAAGUUCUUGAGGGACACAAUGUUAACUUUAAUGGCAGCGGGGCAGGACAGUGUUAGCUCAGCUUUAACAUGGUUUCUUUGGGUUGUUUCGACACACCCAGUUGUUGAAGCAAGGAUUAGAGAAGAACUCGAAGCAAGUAUACCAAAAGAAGGUAACAACAUGAGAAUUUUCAGUAUGGAACAAGUGAGCAAGCUAGUUUAUCUGCAUAGUGCAAUCUGUGAAUCACUAAGGCUCUAUCCACCCAUUCCAUUCGAGGAAAAGGAACCUCAUCAAUCAGACAUCCUUCCUAGCGGCCAUCAUGUUCAUCCAAAAUUGAAGCUACUGUUUUCUAUCUACGCAAUGGGAAGGAUGAAGUCCAUAUGGGGAGAGGAUUGCUUGGAGUUUAAGCCAGAGAGAUGGAUUACUAAGCAAGGAAUGAUCAGACACGAGCCCUCGUUCAAGUUCUUUGCGUUCAACGCAGGGCCGAGGACUUGUCUCGGGAAGGACAUGGCGUUCACUCAAAUAAAAAUGGUUGCUGCAGCUAUAAUCCACAACUACCAAGUUCGUGUGGUGGAAGGACACCCUGUCUUCCCGAGUGUUUCGAUAGUUCUCAAUAUGGAGCAUGGGUUGAUGGUGAAUAUUACCAAAAGAUGGACAUGAGGGCGUGUUUGAUAGCGGGUUUCGUUUUGGAGGGAUUGGUAAUGAGGUGGAAUUAUGAUUGUGAUUCGUAAUGAGAUGAGGUUAUUAAAGAGGA